AAGUGCAGAACGUAAACCAUAUUUGGUGCAGCGUAAGGCCCUUAUUGGUCAACAACUUACGCGCCAUUUUCCCCCAAAAUGAACGAUCCGUCCAUACAUCGAACUUUGAAAUAUUUUGGGGCCUUUUUAGCCCGAGAGUCCCAAGUUGUUUCCAAUACAUCGUUGGAGAGGAUUCGCCGACAAAUCAUGGCUGUCCCACUCCAUCAGGAUUCGGACUCAUUAGCGGAUCUGGCCGACCAUCUCACGAACUGUUUAACAGCAUUGAUUUAUCAGGCUGAGGGCAACCCAGAAACAAGUUUGAAUGUCUCAAAAAUUGAUCAAACCGAGGAGGAGGAUAUUGUGGAAGGAGUUGAACUGGAUAAGGCAGGAGAGGAAGCGUCUUUGGCCACGUUUGAACUCGAUUCUGAUGUGGUUGAGAUUGUAGUGAGCAGCCAAAAAGAGGAAACGACUGAGAAGGAAAAGUUCACCAUCCCAUUAUCUGAUUCGAGCUCUUAAAAAGGACUUCAACCGAGAGCGAAGUAAAUUUGUGCUCAACUGAAUUAAAACGAUGAUAAAUGCA